AAAAAUGUAGUUUGCUUGGUCUACUUCAUUUCUCCCUCUCUCUAAACCCCCCAUCCCUUUCCUUCUCUCCCAUUCCCAGUGGCUUCCAAAUUCCUCUUUCUCCUCUUCAUUUCUUCCACCUCCGCCCACCUCUCCGACGACACUUCCGUCAAGCUCAUGGCCGACGCCUUCGAAUGGCCCACCACCACUUGAAGUGACUAAGAUUUGAUCAACAGAACAUGGUGCCUUUUCUUUUCGUGAUUUUGUUCUAAUUACUGAAAACCCGGACUUGCACAUCUGAUAAAAGAAUAUUGCAAUCUCCAUCAUGACCUAGGCUUGCACAUCUGAUAAAAAAAAAUAUUGCAAUCUCCACCAGUAUACCAAUUUUCUUUUCUUUAACCCCGCCCACCGUUAUUUAGUUCACUUUUGGUGAAAAUAAAAAGUGAAUCCCACAUUGCUUCAGUUUACCUUCAGUGACCCAUAAGAAAGAGGUUGAACCGAUUGUCCGUGGUCGUCAUAACCCUUGUGUCGUCCCAAGAGGAUAUCACAUUUGUGGUAUUACUUUUGACUUGAAGAGAACAACCCUUCUGUGUCUUGCUCAGGAUGAUAUCCGCUGAUAUUGUGGACUUGUCAAGUGAUGAUGAAGAAGGAUCAAACUUGAAAGCCGUGAAGUUGGAGCCAGGAGUUGAUGGGGCUGUGGUUCUACCAAAAGAGCACACAAAGAAGAAUAUCAUCAAACUUGAAAAACCAAAUACUGAAUUUGUUAGUCAAGGAUUUGAUGAAAAUAGGAGCCCGAAUGUUUGGAGUGCUGGUCAGAGUAGCUCUAGUAUAUUGGAUCAGGUGCCAUCUCCAGCUGAUGAUUCUGGCCUUACAUCCCCAUCUCCCUUGUGUCCUGCACCAGUUUGUCGACAAUUCUGGAAAGCUGGCAACUAUAAUGAUGAAGUUGCUUCUAAUGUCACCGUUCAAAGUUCCAAAGGUCAUCUUCAUGUCCACCCUAUGUUCCUUCAUUCAAAUGCUACUUCACACAAAUGGGCCUUUGGAGCUGUUGCAGAGCUGCUAGAUAACGCUGUUGAUGAGAUCCCCAACGGAGCUACCUUUGUCAAUGUGGAUAAAAUCUUGAAUCCAAGAGAUGGAAGUCCUGCUUUGAUAAUUCAAGACGAUGGAGGUGGAAUGGAUCCUAAAGCGAUGAGGAUGUGUAUGAGCUUUGGAUUUUCAGAUAAAUCGUCAAAAUCAGCCAUUGGACAAUAUGGAAAUGGUUUCAAGACCAGCACUAUGAGACUUGGUGCAGAUGUUAUUGUCUUCAGUCGGCACGUGAAUAAUAGGUCCAGGGUAUCAACACAGAGUAUUGGUCUUCUGUCCUAUACGUUUUUGUCCCGUUCCGGCUACAACAGAAUUGUAGUGCCUAUGGUAGAUUAUAAAUAUAACACAUCAAGUGGCAAAAUGGAAAUAUUGCAUGGGAGGGAACGAUUUAUGUCUAACCUUUCCAUACUUCUACAGUGGUCUCCAUACUCAUCGGAGUCUGAACUUCUUAAGCAAUUUGAUGAUAUUGGAUCUCAUGGCACAAAAGUAAUCAUCUAUAAUUUGUGGUAUAAUGGAGACGGCAGAAUGGAGCUCGACUUCAAUAAAGAUCCGGAGGACAUUUGCAUUGACGGAGACGUAAAAGAAAUUGCCGCUCUCCCUGCAUCAAAGGCAAUCAACGAGCAGCAUAUUGCUAAUCGAUUGCAAUAUUCUCUCCGUGAAUAUUUAUCAAUCUUGUAUUUGCGGACAUCUGAAAAUUUCAAAAUAGUAUUGCGUGGGAGGGUUGUUCUGCAUCGUAAUCUUGCCGAUGAUCUCAAAUAUCUUGAAUACAUUUUGUAUAAGCCUCAAAGUGGUGGACAUGUGGAGGGUGUGGUUGUUACUACAAUUGGGUUCCUGAAGGAGGCCCCAGAUGUCAAUAUACACGGUUUUAAUGUUUACCACAAAAAUCGUUUGAUUCUGCCAUUUUGGAGGGUUGUGAGCUAUUCAGAGAGUAGAGGAAGAGGCGUUGUUGGUGUUCUCGAAGCAAAUUUUAUUGAGCCUACACAUAAUAAACAAGACUUUGAGAGAACUUCUCUUUUCCAGAAGCUUGAAGCUCGUUUGAAAGAUAUGACUUGGGAAUACUGGGAUUACCAUUGUGGACUCGUUGGGUAUCAAGUUAAGAAACAACUCCGUGUGACAGCAGCCUCACAAACACCAUCCAACAUCACAGUAUCUGCUGGUACGGAACAUCCUCACAUGUUGAAACAAUGCUUUCCAGCUACGGUCACAGAGGCUAAAGAAACAGCACAUGGGAGACCUGAACGAUUUAGACUGGAAACACAGGGAAAAUCUAGAGAAGGAGUAUGUAUGAAGAGAAAGGCAGAUUUGAUAGAAGAUGGACAGGCUGCCCGUGCUUAUCAACAGAACAAUCAACAGGCUAUUGUUUUGUUGGAAGAAAAUAUGAAGCUUCAUGCAAAAUGUUCGGAGUAUGAAAAGCGGGAGGAAGAACUUAAUCUCAAGGCAACGCGGCUUAGGAACGACAUACAGGAAGUCCAACUCAAGAUCCUGAGGCUGUUGGAUGAGUUAAAAUCUUUAGAAGCAGUUAAGGGUGAAGGCAUUGUAUAAAAUGUAUAUUCAUUUUGUUCUUUUUCAAUCUUUUAACCCCUUGAUAACAUAACCCUGUAGCUUAAAACCAGAAAAAUGGAUAGGUACGAGGCCGACGUGGUUAGCAGUAUGACGACCCCUUGAUUUUUGCCCUCAAAACAUUGAUAAUAGUUGCCUGGGAUUUGGAUUUUCAGCUCUCGUGUGUCAGUUUCCUUGGCGGAAAAAUUGACCAAUUGUACAGAAAUGAAACCCACCUUGUAACUUACCCAAAAUGUCUAAAUUCAUGUUAAUUAUCAGUGUUAUUCGUAUAUAAA